UGGCAUGUUCAAGGCGAGGACUUUAGCCGCUAGGCCACGAUGCCAGGCCCAGGAUCGCCUGUUUUUUAAGUCCUGGGUGCACACCGAAUUCCAACUUCCUGUUCAUGCUCUCUCUGGAAGGCAACAAAGAAUAACUCCCAAUGGUGGGUGCUUGACCCCCUCAGGAUAAGACUGAAUUGCAAUCCCAGUUCUUGAUCUUGUUUAACUCAGCGUUGGUUAUCGUAGGCAUUUGGUGAAUGGACUAGCUGCUUAGGAGUCUGUCUGCCAUUCUGUUGUCUCCCCACCUCUCAAAUAAAUUGAAAAAAAAAAGUAAAGAUAGACUGAUAGUUCACAUUUUUUAAAACUUACCAGGAUUUUUUAGGUCCAAUUAACUUGCCUUUGAAUUAACCACCUUCCCAUUUUUAAAAGAAACAAUCAAUUUAAGUCGUUGUUUGUUGGGUACCUGCCAUGUACCAGAGAUUUUUUGGGUAUUAACGUUAAUGAAAAUGACAGUAGUGUACAAGAUACAGCCCACCACAUAAUGUCUAUCAACAGAAAAAUUACAAUAUGUUGUUAUAGACCUAGAUUUAGUAAGGAGGUAUUCAGGGAACACACUGGGAAGAAAAAGGUUUGAUCUAGAAGGUUUCUGAAGGCUGGUCAUCUCUGAAUAGGUUUCUAGGAAACAUGUAGGAAUUUUAUGUUUUUCUCAUAGGAAAGUUAGAGAAGCAUAUAAUGUUCUGGUAAAGGAGAGAAGAUGGGUCAAGGAUUAGGGUUGAGACUGGCCAUGCCUAGAUAAGAACAUACAACUUGGUGCUGAUCAACAGUUGCUGCUGAGGCCAAAUGGUGGAGAGUCUGUCCUAGCAGGCUUCAGUAGGCAUGAUUUUACUUUACUGUGAGGUCACAAAGAAGGAUGAGGUAAGUGAUGAUACUUGAAUUAAAUCACAAAGGAUACCUGUGACUUUCAUUUUUAAGGCAGGCCACAGUUUAGCUGGAUAGGAGGAGAUGAAUUAUAACAAAGAUGUGCGUAGGCAAAAGCUGUGUUUAUUUGGGAAAGAAAUUUGAAAUACCUGCAGAAUGCACCUGGGGGUAUUAGGGGCACCAGUUUGAGAAGAAAUUGAAACAUUAAAGGUUUUUGAGGGCUCUGCUAGUGCAACAGCGUCUCCUCCAGUCUCUACACCUGUCACAGGACACAAGAGAAUGGUCAUCCCAAACCAGCCACCUCUAACUGCAACUAAAAAGUCUGCAAUGAAACCACAGCCUGGCCCCCAAGCUGGGCCCAUCCCUGUGACUCCAAUAGGACCACUCAAACCCCAGCCUCAGCCUGUUCCAGCCUCGUACACCACAGCCUGUACCCCUACAAGGCCCACCUUUAAUGUGCAAGUUAAGUCGGCUCAGCCCAGCCCUCAUUACAUGGCUGGCCCUUCCUCAGCACAAAUGUAUUGCCCAGGACCCCAUGGUUGCAGCAUACCACCAGUUCAUGUCUCUGGGCCACCUCCUUCAACCCGGCCUGGUACAGAUUAUGCGUAUAUUCCACCACCUGUGAUUCAACCUGAACCUGGAUAUGGGUAUACCCCCAACCAAGGACGCUAUUAUGAGCCCUAUUGUGCAGCAGGGCCUUCCUAUGGAGGCAGAAAUGAGAGUAAUCCUGCCUAUGGGCAACAGGGACACCCAGGCACCUGGAAGAGGGAACCAGCAUACAAUCCUCCUGUAGCAGGGAGCCAAAACCCUACUAGCUUAUACGCAACCACUGGUCCCAAGAAGACCUAUAUUGUGGAUCCUGUUUCCACUCCUGGUGCACCACCACUGCAACCAAAGGGAGGACACUCAGUUUCAAUGGGGCCUGCAUCUGCCCCCACUUCAUUUCGUCCUGAGGAUGAGCUUGAGCACCUGACCAAGAAGAUGCUGUAUGACAUGGACAAUCCGCCUUCCGAGGAAUACUUUGGCCGCUGUGCUCGUUGUGGUGAAAAUGUAGUUGGGGAAGGUACAGGAUGUACCGCCAUGGAUCAGGUCUUCCAUGUGGAUUGUUUUACCUGCAUCACCUGCAACAACAAGCUCCGGGGCCAGCCCUUCUAUGCUGUGGAAAAGAAAGCUUACUGCGAGCCUUGCUACAUCAACACGCUGGAACGGUGCAACGUGUGCUCCAAGCCCAUCAUGGAGCGUAUUCUUCGUGCCACUGGGAAGGCCUAUCACCCUCACUGCUUCACCUGCGUGAUGUGCCAUCGCAGCCUGGAUGGGAUCCCCUUUACUGUGGAUGCUGGCGGGCUCAUUCAUUGCAUCGAGGACUUCCACAAGAAAUUUGCUCCCCGAUGUUCUGUGUGCAAGGAGCCUAUUAUGCCGGCUCCUGGCCAGGAGGAGACCGUCCGCAUUGUGGCUCUAGAUCGUGACUUCCAUGUCCAGUGCUACCGCUGUGAGGAUUGUGGUGGUCUUCUGUCGGAAGGUGAUAAUCAAGGCUGCUACCCGCUGGAUGGGCACAUCCUCUGCAAGAGCUGCAACACAGCCCGCAUCCGAGUGCUGACUGCCAAGGCAAGCACCGACCUCUAGAUUCGGUCACCUGUGUAGCUGGUUGGUGGAUGGCGCUGAGAAGAGUGAAACACAAGGGAAACCAUUAGGAAAAAUAGAGGAAAUGCAAUCAUCUGUGGGGUGGUCUCAGUUCUUUAACUGCUGUUAAUUUUUCUUUAGAAACACAUAGUGGAUAAGAUUUUUUUUUUCACUUCCCACCAAAAUAACACAUUUCACAUUUAAUCAUGCCAGCCCUCUGUGGGCCUUUGUUCCAAGUACUUACACAUUUUUGCACGGAUUAUGCUCCAUCCCAUUCACUUCUGCAUUCCUGUAACUUUUAAUCCCCAUGUUUGUCUCACUUUUCAUCUGGUUGAAUGGCUUUUUUUAGUGUGGUAUUUGCUGUCACACAGUUUUUCCUGGGUGAGGCUGCCAAAUCACAGGUGAUUUUCAGGUUUAAAGUCUCCAUCCUAUCACUUCCACAUUGCCUGUAAUUAGAAAGGUUAGCCAUUCUUUUGCCACGGAUUUAAAAUACAGACUUUUUGCUGUUGCUGCAUGACACUCAUGUCUCUUGGGGUGAGAUUCGGUGCAGUGGGAAGAAUGUAUAAUGUCAAUAUUGGUCUCUAAAGGACUAAAGUUUCAAAAAGCAUAAGUUGAAGCACGCCAAAACUUGCAGCCAUUGAAAUUUAAAGUCUCUAGCAGCCAAUGGUCAGAACUCAUUGAAAACAAUUAUUGGCCUAUGGUUAAUGAGCAGUUGAACUUCAAACUUUUCCUAAAGACAUGAAAUUUGGUAUCCUGGGAGAAGCAAUUGGCCAGGGAGAUGGGGUGGGUUAUGUCUGAAAAGUCCUUUAUUCCACAGCAUCAUCAUAAGGUUUUCCUUUUCAAUGCCACCACAUAAUACAAUCAUGGUUUUCUCUAGAAUGAAACAUUUACAGUACUGUCCCACUUUUCAUCUUAGAAAGAUGAGUACUGUCAUGGUGUUUCCAAUAUCCAAACACAUCUUCCAAAAUUGGCGUAUUUUUCUCUAGAGAAAGAUGUAAAGAAUAGUUCAAAUUCCUUUUUGCCUCCAGACCCAGGCCCAUUUUUGUCUGACAUUUGCAAAUCAGGAAAUAAGAUUGUGAAGCUUUGUCUAGUUGACUUUAAAAAAGAAAUCUUAAAAAGAUUGUGAAACCACAGUUUCAUUAUUAUCCUAAUCCUUCUGCAACUCAAAUUACAUAUUGCAGGAGACAUUUUCAUAUCAUCGACGUGACAUUUAUACCACACUUUCAAAGAUAAUCACAGGGAAAAAAAAUUGUCUUUCUGAGCUAAAAAUAUGCAGUCUCUGCCUAGAAUCCUUAUUCAAAUUCUUAUUAGCCAGUGGAACACUUGCAUGCCAACUGCAGAGCCAUAUUUAUUAAGUUCUAGCAUGUUUCAUUUGAGAGCCACCUAGCUUAGUAGUGGCAAGUUGUUAUUUUGUCAACUAAGUAUUUUGUAUUGAGAUUUCUUAAACCUUUCUUCAGAUUUUCCACAAGUAUAUACUUUUAAAUUAUGGAGUAUUUUAAAUAUGAAAAAGGUAUAAAUAAUAUAAUAAAUUCCUAUAUGCCGAACACCUACUUUAAGAAAUCAGAUAUAACAUAUAAUUACAUUCCCCUGUAUCCCCUUUCCUUAUUCCACAAAUAGCUUUUCAUAAUUUCGAACUGAUAGAUUCUAGUCUGAUUUUUAACCUUUAACAUCCAGAAUGGUAAUGAACAAUUAUUUGUGCAUUUUUUUUAUCACAACCCUUGCCUCAGGAGUUCUGAUUAUUUUACUUGAAUAGAAAUAAUAAAAGUGUUUUAACAAAAAAAAAAGAAACAAAAACAAAAAAAAAAACAAACAAAACAAGAACAAAUUCUGAAGCCUGUGGUCACUGUGGAGCUCAGUCAUCUUCACUACUGAUGGCAUAUUUGCUUGUGUCAAUCACCAGCCUUGUGUUCAGACCAUAAACGUGACACCUUCUCCGAGCUGCUUUGACCACUGUGCUCUUCUUACCUUGCUUCCAUUAUGCUUGAGCUCACAAUGUGAAAUAUAGUGAGACUCAUGCAGGGCAGCAUGUUAGUUGUAGGAUAAAAUGCCAAGUGUGCCUUUGAAUUGCUGUCUUCCAAAUUAAACACCAGACAAUCCCGACGGCCUCAGAGCGCACUGACUGUUAGACAACUGGGGUGAUCUGCUUGAGCUGAUUUGUUGGCUUGUUUUCUGUUCCAUACUUUGUCUUUAGGCCAAAAGCAGAGAGUCCAAUUUAUUGAGAGAUUUUAUCUUGGGAAAUACCAUCACAUUAUUGUAAAUUUUGCCAAAAGGCGAAGACUGAAAUAUUUAUGCUAUAAAAAUGCAAUAACAGCCUACUUUUUCAUAUACUUAAGUCUUUAUGUAACCAAAUGUUUACAUGCCAAAAGGAAAUUAUAAGAAAAUAGUGUCACAAGCCCAUCAAUGUGACAUUGCUAGCACAAUACUGCUUCUUUAUAAAUUUUUAUAGUAUAUUCUUGUCACAUAACCUCAGAGUAUCUUUACCAAAGAUUUUUAAACAAAAUUUCUUUUUAAUAUAGACAUACUUUUAUAAUAAUGAAUGUGCACACAUCCUUUUGCAGAAAUAUUUAGCUUUAGAUUUUUUUCUUUCACUAGAUAUAGUAAGGAAGGGAUCCUACCAUAUUUUAUCCUGAUAUCUUAAAUAUAUGAUUCAUGUUACUUUUCUAUUAAUCAUUUGAUUUAAACAAUGCCAAGUCACUCUGAACUGUUUUAGUUGCAUGAAAUGUUGCCUAUAACAGAUACAAAGAUAUUACCUUAUCAUUAAACUAUACUAUCUUGUUUAUUAUUGUUUAAAUACAUAGAUAAGAGGAAAAAGCAAAAAUCUAUAACAAAGUUCAUAAAAAUGUGUACAUUUCUUAAAAACUGUCAGCUGCACAAGUAUUUGAUAAUCCUCUGUCACAUGGGAAACAUGGAAAAGGAAAACCACUCACCCUGUCAUGGGUUCUGCAACUCACUUCAAAAUGAAAUUUUAUGAAUGUUUGGAUCCCAGCACAGACUGACUCAAGAUCAAGUUUCAUCAGCAACAGACAAAAUGAGCUUUGAAAAUCAAAACUAUCUGCUUCUCACCAUAAGGCAUCAAGGUUGCAAGAUGCUGACCUUUGUGCAGAUCCAUGACGUGGGUUGUUUUCCUUGUUAAUGCCUUCUUGGCACUAUAGAAGCCAUUGACGGUGUUUGGGGUAUGCUGAUCGCUGAGAUGGGCUUACCAACAUUAUGAUUAUUUUCUGUGAAAGAUUUUGUAAAGAUGUUUAUGACAACAUUUGCAGGAUAACAAGCCCAACUGCAUUGUGUUAAGUAUUUGAUAUUCUGAUCCAAAGAGAUAAACAAUUCUUUUUCAAUGGAGCAAUAGUCGAGAGUUGAUGGACACAGAGAGGACUGAAAACACAAAUUCCAAUCAUCUUCCUCAUUAGCAAAAAUCCUAGUAAUGUGAACCAGCCAAGGACAGCAGUGUUAUUUCUAUUUGAUAUGGUUUGGGCUUCUCCUGUCAAAUCUGUGUCGGCUGCCCCCUGAUCCUUCCAUUCUCAAGUUUUGAAGGGUGUUGGGGAAAUGAUAGCAGCUGUUAGGGAUAUCAGGGAAACACUGAUACAACCUCACAGCCUCUUACCAUUCCUCUUGGCUUGGAAAGGCUUCUUCUUCAUAUACAUUUCCAGAAAUAUUGCUAUUCUACCUUAGUAUUUCACAUUUGUAGUUUAAACAAGUGAUUGUCCAUCUGUUGCCUAGAGCUACAGUACAUGUGUGUUAUGAAUGAAAUAUGACAGCAUGUUCCAUACCCCUGCUUUAGCCAUCUGUAGGAAAGCAGCAAGCUGAGAAAGAGAUACCUCUGCAAAAUGUGCCUCAAGUCCAUUUCCUGAAACCAAUCUGUGGUGUACUUUCAGAAGACACAAUCAGAGAGCAACACUUAUUUGUGCCUUAUUUUUUAAAAAUUUACUCACUCUACUAUAAAUACAUCACUGAAGAGUUAAAUAGUGUAAAUAAUCCAGAUUAAAAAAAGUCCAAAAAAAGUCAAAAUCCAAAGAAGUUUGAAAUUAUCAUGUUAAUAUGUUCUAAUAGUACUCCACUCCAUUUUCCUUUCCUCCAUCCUACUCCUUCACCUUCUCUCCCUUGCUGCCUUUAUUCCUUCUUGUCAUCCUGCCUACUUAUGUUGCGAUCCUUGGACUUUUCAUGAAUUAAAGCAAUGCAUUAUCAUCCUUCUGGAAUUAUGACCAUUUUAACGGGAAUUAGUUGUGAUGAUGAGAAAAAAUAUAUCACAUCCAUAAAAAUCUUCCAUUAAAAUGGCCUAUUUUCAAGUUGUAGUUCUUCAUAAAGUAAGAUAUAAGAUAAUACAGUAUUUCAUUUUGUUUUUAAUGAAUUUUCAUCAGGGACCCAGGUCAUGCAUUCCUGGAAAAUCCAUUUAUGACUGAUGUCAUUUCCUCUGCUAUAUGGGCAAAGCGAUUUAAGACUAGGUUAUUGUUUUUUUUUUUUAAUCCAAGGCAUUUUGACCACAGGAUUUUGUUUUGUUUGGUGAUAGUUUAUUGUUUUAUUUGUUUGAAAUUUCAUGAUUUUCCUUAUGGCAAUGAAAAACAGUUUUAUCAAAGAAAAAUAUCUUUACAGAAAUUUAAUGUAUCUUUGUACAUGGUCCUGAUUAUACCAGCAAAUGCUAAGUAGUCAAACCUGAGCAUUUUUCAGGAGAUGGAUCAGUAAUAGUUUCCUGUUUUUAGUUUUUGGUAUGCAAAUUAUGUGUACAUUUCCCUUCAAUGAAGAAAGGAAUGACACUAAUUCUUUUCUCUAUUUUACUAUCCUGGCCUUUGUGCAAUAAGCUGUAGUCUCCAUUUCAUAGGCAACAUGCAUAUGAUUCUGUGAAUAGCUUUGUGAGAGAUGCAUUUUUAGUCAACUGAUUGAAGCUACCCAAAAAAUGCUGAAAACUUUGUUCUUCAUUUCUGAUUAAUUUAUAGCAGUCUCUAACCACACAAAUAGAUACCUCUACAACUAGUUUUUGUGUUAAACAAAAUUUAAUCUUGUGCAAACAUAUAUGAACUGAAGAGUAGGUAAAGCCUGCAGCUAAUUCCUUAUGUAAAACUGUAAGAUUCUUGGCAUUGACUUGGACCUUGGCACAACGAGAUGUCUCUUGGGAUGCCUCCAUCCUAUAUGGGAGUGCCUGAAUUUGAGUUCCAGCUCCACUUGUGAUUGCAGGAAAUGGUUCAAGUACCUGGGUCCCUACUUACCCGUAGGAGACAUUCAGAUUCUGUUUGAAGCUCUUGGCUUUGACAUGACGUUGCAGGCUAUUGGGGAGUGAACCAGCAGAUGGAAAAUACCUCUCUCCCUCUCUUUUCCACUCCUAAGUAAAAUAAAUAGCUGAAUAAAUAAUUUUUUAAAUAUACUUGCUCUAAGCCUUUCCUGCUACAUGCAUUGCUAUUUUUUCCAAGAUACCUAAUUCACAUCGGGAUGAGGGAAAACCUUACUCUUACAACUCUGAUGGACAUUUAGUUAAUAUAUCCACAAUGAAGCUUUUUUCCUUAACCACACAUGCAGUUAGUCAACUCAGAAUGUCAUUUCUAACUUUUGUGCUAAACCCUAGGUUUUGAAUAAUGUGCCAGAAAUGAGAAGUGUCACUGUGUCACCUUGUUUUGUUACUAAUGUAGAGUUAUGAUUGAUCCCCAACACUAAAUAUGUUUGUAGAUAAUAGAAUCAUGAACUUUUUAAAGCUCUGAUUCUCCUCUUCACUAAUUACCAUCCCCAGUAUUCUUAGUCAUGGCAGUCCACUGUAGCUCUUGAGCUACACAGAACACGGCAAAUGUCUAAACAUCUGCCACUUUAGAUCUCAUACACUAACUCUUCCAAACUUUCCCUAAUUAAAUAUUUUUUCCAUUGCUUCAGACAAUUCAGAAAAACUUAAAGGCAUCACUCUAGGUCAUGGUAGGCGCAAAUAUUUGUUGGGGAUUAGAAGGCAAUGAAAUUGGAGUUCCCUGAAGGGGAUCUCUCCCAAGCACUCAGACCCAGAGGAGUAAUAGCUAAUUGUAAACAGAUUCCACUACAUGUAGCACAGAGUCUUUAUGUUCUCUACUAUAUUUGGUGACAUCUAAAUCAAAGUAAUUCUGACAACAGGAAGCAUAGGUAAGCAUUUGACUUUAUGGAUUCCAACUUAUUUGUCAAUUCACGUGGUCUUUUCAGCCCUUUAUCCCCAUCUUCCCAAGAAUAAGGUAUGGAUCCAUGCUGAAUAUGAGAAAAGAGUACUAGACACUGUAAAAUUCUACAUAUAUAGCUACUGGUUAUUUGGUUUUAAGAGUCACUUGUGUUUAUUUUAUGCUCAUGUUUGUACCUAGCAAUGUUUGUGUUUAGCCCAAGUGAACAUCUUUCCUCCAUGGAUGAAUUGGAUGCUAUACUUAGAAGCCCAAGUUUUUUCUCUUUAGUUUUGUUAUCUUAUUAUUAUUCCUUCUGGAUCUCAUUGUAAUAAUUAUUAUUGAUGAUUAUGUAUUACUUAGUCGCUCUUGGAGGAUAAGCCUAGUAACUUCCAUUCAGGCCAACUGCCAUAUGAUCAAGCUGGUUAGAUAUGUACUUACUACACAGGAAGCAGUAUGGCAGGGUGAGGAAUUAUUAAGCUUUCAUGGAGGAUGUACAAUUCAGUAUUAAAUGUUGAAUGGAUUCAUUAACUUAAUUUUGGGAAACAAAGAGAAUAUUCUAAAUGCAACUUAAAGCAUAGGCUAUAUACAGAGAAGACACGUUGCCUUGGUCGAAAUGUCAGAUUCUGGAAUUUCCUCUUUACCAAGAGAAAAUUUCUAGAUAUUCAGGGUCAAAUCAAAGGAAAAGGCACAGAGAAAUGCUAACUAAAGUGUUUCUUCCUUCUAUCUGUCUUUAUAAUUGAAAGAAAUGAUGAGUUGCCAAAAUAAAACAGUGUGCAUCAUAUGAAGUAGCCCUCUAUGAACUUGACUAUAACAUUAAGAAUGUGUUUUCCUAUUGGUUUAUAACAACAUCUUCCCUUCUAAGGGAAAAUGUGGAUGCCCUGUGUUCUUUAAACUGUUCAAACAGAACGAGCAGAACACCUCUGAUAGCCUUAGUAUUUCUAGGUACAUGAUUAGGAAGACACUCUAGUCAGCUAUUCCACUGGUGCUAUAAUUCCCUUGAAGAUUCAUUACUCACAAAUACUCCACACACUAUUCACAUUUCACCUUUUUUAGGGAGCUCAUUUCCCUCAUUGCACUUUGUUCCAGACACCUUCUGAUACAAAAAAAAAAAAAAAGCAAAAAUCCUUUAGGCUUAUGUUCUCUUUGUUGCCCCAAACUAACCUGAAGCACAGAAUAAAAUGUUGCUUCCUCUCUCCAUUAUCCUUCAGUAUAUACUUUUUAUUUAGGAACAACAUUAUUACUUUUGAAUAGAAGAAAAAUAACCUUGAUCUUACCUGAAGACAUAAAAAUUUUUAGGAUGCUAAAGAUAGAUGGGAGUUUCACGAUUAGAGUUUGAGUUUUCUGUUGGUUGAUUUUUCUUUCUUAUAAGACACACUGUUUUGACAGUUGUUCUGUAGCUUCACACCUCCUCCAGUAACUAACCCCUGGACAAUACAUUCCUUUUAACUGACCUGCUGAUGACCUUAAAAAUAUUGGGAGAUGUCAGUGUGUAAGCUCUAGCUCUAAACAAGAAAAAAAAAAAAUGUCAAAGGCAAGAUACAAUGGCACUACAGAAAACUCUAUACUUCUGAUCAGUUCUGUGCAAAAGAAUAUUAUUCUUGAAGGAAAAGGGUUAUAUUGUGCUGUGCUUUUGUGUAGAGAUGAGUAAACUAUUUCUAUCAUAGGUUGCUAUUUGAGUUGUAUUCCACUGUCUUUGGGAAAGCAAGAAUUGUGGCUUCUUCUACCUCAGCUCUGAAUUAGACAGCCCUGUAGGCAAAGCUUGCCAUCAGUCUUCUGGGAAGAACCUGGGGGUAGCUUUCUGAGCUCUAAAAUAAUAAUUCCUAAGAGAGCUUACAAACUGCUUUCACACAUAAAACAGCCCUGGGAGGAAGGUUAUUAAUAGCCCUAUCCUAGAAGAGAAAGCUGAGGCUCAGCAUCGUUAAGUGACUUGCCAAAAGCAAUGCAGCUGGCAAGUGGCAGAUUUGGAGAUGUACUUAGAUCUUGCAAGUCCAGUGCUGUCUGCAAGCAGGCACUCUUGGGGCUGCAUAAACCUUAGAGGACAUUGCAUCCUUCUCAGACCUCCAGCCCCCCCAUUACAAGUCAUCUAAAAUUUUUUGCAUAGACGAUGUGGCUGUUAAUGGCAAAUCCACAUGUGUACUGUGCCAUUUGGGGUCGUUUGGGACCUGCACACCUCUUCUGUGUUCUCUGGUGGUGAGAAACCACAGAGUAUUCUCAUCAACACUUUGAUGAAGUUGGUGAGGAAAAGCCACCGAUGAAAAUAACUGCCACCGAGGCAUGUUGCAGCAAAUCUCCCCAGAUAAAUGUGGUUUAUGUUUCCUUAACCAAAUGCCUCCCUGACACUGUCAGGUUCACAAUAUUAACUCAGACAAGAUCACUUAGAAUUCACGGUUACACAGGGAUGACGUGAUCCUGAAGACAAGCUUCUCUCCCAAAGGUCAACAAUACAUAUUAGUCUGUCUCUGUCUCUGUCUCUCCCUCUCCCUCUUUCUAAAGAAGUGCUUGAGGACUGAAGGCAUUUCUGACAUUUGUCACUGGGCUUCCUAGACUGUUGUAGUUUUGUGAUCUGUAAAUCCUCAUCACAGGGAGUCUGGCACACUCUUGUUGCAUCCAGAAAAUCUACCCGGAGACCUUGACCAUCCAGAAAUUCUCUACCCUGGAGCUCAGUACUAGGGUUGCGUCCCCCAGGAAGCUGGACCCUCUAAAUUGUGCUCUGGCCUUUUUACUCCCUCCCAUUCCUUCCUCCUGGUUGGGUGGUUGAAUCUGUGAACUAAUUGGAAACAAACCAAAAGAUAUUUUGUCUGCAUUAAAUCCUCUGCAUUCAUUGUAGGAAAUCUUUAAGAAUGAGAUGACCCACUAAGUUUUCUAGGCAUUUUUUCCUCUUUAGUUUGCACCUCCUAAUAAGCCAAUGUCUGUCAUUUGCUUAUUUACAAGGAUUAAUGAGAACCAAGUUAAAUAAUAAUCAGAGUCUUUCUGCCAACCCCAUCUUCCCACAUGAAGAUGACAGGAGACACAAACAAGACUUAUAAAGUGGUGGCCUUGGUCACUGCCACAUAUUCAGAACGUUGUCUUUCUGUAAGGCCCCAUACAUGUGAUGGUCAGUGCAGUAGGACUCAGAUCUCAUGGGUUAGAACUGAGUGCUCUUGGCCUCCCCAUUCCAAGAAUGGAUGAGUGCAAGCAGCAUUUUGAGUACUUCUAAGAGUGUUCUGCAAAGUGCACCUCAACAGAGAUUCACAUUGUGGUGUCUUCAUGGAGGAAAUAAAAAGAAUGAAACAAUGGUCAUGAAAAACAGCCCUUGGAAGAGAUGAGAGGGACGCUAUUUUCAAAUACCUUUAAAAAUCAGGCACAUGAUCUGAUUUCUCUCUACAUAACAGCCAAAACGAAGACAAAAUGUUUUCCUUCUACUCUAUAUUAUACAAUUCUCCAGACUUAGAAAAAAUACAAUUAUGUUUUGUUUAGCAUACACACACACACACACACACACACACAGCACACUUCCAAAAAAGCUGAUCCUCCAAAAAAGAAAUCUUAUUUUAAAACACUUGGGUUUUCAGGCCAAGAAAUUAAUAAUUCCUAGACCUGACCCACUUUUGAAGCUGCCAAAAAAGAAAGGAAAAAGCUAUUUAAAUUUUGUAUGGAUCCAUUUAUCUCUUAAAAUAUGCCAAAGCAAUUUGUGGUGGGGGUGGAAACAAAGGUAUUUAUCUCUCUUGCUUGAUUCCCUCUUAUAUUUUUACCUGUUAAGAAAAGCAUACAAAGCUUUUCUUGUUAAUGAGGCACUGUGUUGCCAUUCCGUGUGGGACCUGCUUUGCUUCAUAGGUGGGACACAGGAAUAAUAGUUGGUCUCAUGACUCUGUCAUUUCUGUGUGAGGAACUAUUAAGUCUAAAUGCCUUUCAUCAGAUUUAUUUGUAUGUCUGAACUAGUUUAGAAAAUGCAAAAUUUGGGGGAGGAGCUAGCUUUUCUUAGAUACUCCUUUUACUCUUUCUUUCCUUGGACACUUACACCUUAAAAUAAUAGUAGCAUUUUUUCAUCCAUCUUUUUGGGCAACAUUCUCACUCACUCUUUAAUUACCAACGAGAGAGACUAGCCUAACCAGGUAAUGAUGUAUUUGCCUCAGGUGUCUGUUGCCUCAUCCACACAAAGAGAGUAAGACUUUAAUAACUUAAAUUCUAGUGAUAGAAAUACCCUCAUAUUUUAUCAAAUAGUGAAAGAGGAGUUGAUAUUUAGGAAAUUGUUGCAUUUAUUAAUUAUUUAUAAUUUCUGCCUACUUUCUAGAAGAAUGUCAAGUACAUCACCAUUUCAUGUUACGUUACAAAAAAAAAGAAAAAGUAAAUCCCACACUAGGGAACAUUGGAACUAGCAUGGGCCAUGCCAGCAUGUCAGCCCAGUCAUCAAGUCCGAGCCUCAGGGGAAGAGAUGCAGCACCCUACAAACUAAAUCUUACCAUCAGCAGUCUAUAGUGAAGUAGUAACAAAGUCGCUUAUAAAAGAUUAUCUUCUUAUGCCACCCAUUUUUUUUCUCUUGGGAAAGAUGAAGAGCAUUCUUAUCCAACAAGCUAAGAAACCUCCCCCUCUAAACAUCAGAAUUGUAUCCCCAUUCUUUUUCAGAAACCGCCCAAGGAACAAAUAUACUUAGGUUUGCUUUUUCAGCAUGAAUGAAAUUCAUCAAGUAGUUUAAUGUUCCUUAAGCAACAACUUAGAUACAAAAUUCUCACAUCUAGAUGCCAGAUUGAAAUUUUUACAUGUUCCCUAUGCAAUGAAUUUUUAGUUUUUAACAUAUAAAUUUAUCACUACUCUAACAGGUUUGGGGCUUCUCUUUCUGUACUGCUAAGAACGGGAAUCUGUGCAAUUAUGAGAGGUACAAAAGAGAACUUUCUAAGUAGCACAUCUGUGAAAUGAAGUAGCUGUGACACAGAGCCUGAGCAUAGUAAUUGUCCCUGAGCCGCACACACAAGCUUUUCUUUGACAGCUUUGUCACAGGCUUUUCUCCUUCUGUAUCAUCACCUUUGAGAGAAAUGCACCUCCCAGUCUGCCUUUUCAACAGAUACAGUCGAGUUGGCAAGACUUUCCUGGCUCUGAAUACACUCAUUUGCCGAUUUCGGCCUCUUUGCGAGACUGACUCAAAUCUGUGAUCUUCUGUUCAGCAUACACAUCAGCAAAGUGAGAAGAUGAACACUAAAUAUAGGCUAUAUUAACUUUACUUUUAGAUUUACUGCCUUCAAAAAGUGCCUAUUCUGAGAAACAUAAACGUUAUUCCUACAUAUGUAUGUACACACGGUACCCAGAGUCAUACUGUUAAGACUCCAAAAACAUACCAUAGGAAAGAGAACGUGCUGAAAGAAGGAAACCUUGCCAAGGAAAAGAAAAUCACUCAUUUCCAGCAUCCCUUUCGCAAAUGGCUACCAUGAAAUGGGAUGCAAUAACACCUCCCUUCUGCAUUCCUUGCUAGUCCAGCCAAUUUCACAUUUCUCUCCUACCAGAGGAUUGGCAUAUUGCUGAGGUUUUCUGUACUCUGCUUCAAGGCAAUAUAUUACUUUAUGGACUUGGAACAUUGGUCUAGGAAGAAAAAGUGCUUAAGAGAAGUAACAGAGCCAGGACCUGUAUUACAGUAUGUGUCAUAUCGUAUGUUUUACAAACUAAGCAUCAGUAGGUUUAGAGUGUCAGCACAUUUCCUUUCCUUUUAUCUCCCAGACAAACAUCAGAGAAAACUAAAGUAGUGUCCUGGCUGUGAGAAUUGGAGGCUUAGGAGGCCAAAUGUUCCUGCCAGAUCCUUGGAGCAUUUUUACUUUGACUCCUAAAAAUAGUAGUCCAUGCUGUCUAACGGCUUCUGUUUCUAUAGUUCUGUCCCUGACUGCAGAGAUACAGAUAUUGCUGAUAGAGCAGCAGCUUAGCCUUGAAUGGUGGAUUCUUACCCAGUGGUACUACAGGCAGAGAAACCAGGUAAAUAGGAUGAGGUAGACAGUACAUGACUGUAGAAGAGUUGAAGGGAGGACAUGAUUCCAAAAAAGAUCCUUCUCAAUGUGUCGUCUGAUUCAACCAGCUGGCAGAGUACACUUGCCAAGUCGUUCCCUUUCCUUUUGGGUCAGCUGACUCCAUAUUCACUUGAAUAUCCCUCUGAGAAAGUGAGAAGCCUCCACUUAGCCUUUCUCCAAAGGAAGCCGUUGAUGUCCUCCUAAUCAUAAAGUUGUCUCCUAUCCCACCCACUUUCACCAAAUGGAAGCAAAAGAGGAGCUACUGAAUAUGGCAUUGAUGCUUUCUCUAUAAAAGGCAUCAUUACCUAAACCAGAUGUGAAGGUAGCAGAGUUCACUUCUCCAUACUUCACGGGACUAUUGAUGCCACUUUAGUCAUCAUCAUGGUGACCAACCAGCUGAUCAUUUUAAAGUGUUAUUCUUCACCAAAAAUGCACAUUUUGGAUGUUCCUCUUUUGUUUAUUUUGCAAUGUAAGCACUAGUCAUUUCCCAUUUUGUUUUUUUUGUUUUGUUUUGUUUUCAGAUUUGCUUACCAGUGAUGAGUUAAAUCCCUGUGAUGUCAUAAGACACUGCCAUAUAUUUUUCUCCUUGGACUCAAAUUAAUGAACUGGGAGAUCCUCAAGGUAGCUUUUCUCAAGGUUUCAGUUUGAUGACUGUGACCGUGAAAGACAGUUUAAUGUAAAGGCUAACUAGUGUUUGUAGUGGAUAGAUCAGGGAGAAGGGAGAGAGCGGGAUAAGCCAGGUCACCUCUAUUCUGGAUGCAUGUCCUAGUAGCUGAGCACAGUCAUAACCCAACAUGAUCAGCUGCUAGUCUCUAUACCCUUCCCUAGCUCAGGGAAAACCACACGAAAACAUAUGGGGAGAUGUCUUUAUUCACAUGUGUGGUACUGACAGAGCCAUGCUAUUCCUAAAACAUAGGUUUCAUUGUUCCUUUAUACUCAGCAAAUUACAUGUAUUCACUACAUCAUGAACCAACACUGACAUACUCAAAAGAACACACAUGGUUUCUUAUGAAAAUAAAAGAAUAAAACCUGUUAUAAGCAAGUGAUUUGUGUAUUUUCUUUUGUAUUUAUGUAUUAUUCAACUAUAUUAAAACAUGUUUCUAUUUAGCUUAUCAAUUUUCUCUGUCAAUUAUGUUUUUCAAAAGCUCUACAAAAAUAGAUAUGAAAAUCAUUUCUUUUUCUGUAAGAGAACUGCAACUACUUUAUUAUAUUUAGAAAUCCAAUAAACUUCUUAUUACACUUA